CACAAGACCGGGUAACACAUAGCGUUCAAGAUGGCGGCGUCCUGUUCUUCAGGGCGCAUUUUGACUCUUUGCAAACAGUUUCAGAAUGUCUGCAGGAUAUCUUCGGCGGUAACUACUCAGCACUGUGCUGUAAAUGUGAGAAGAGGACAUAUCAGUGUAAAUGCCUCAGUGAUCGCCCCCAUUAGUUUUGUGGGUCAGUAUCGAACAGUGCACACAUCAUCCAGCAGGAGAGGACUGGAAGAGUUUUUUGACUCUCCUGAGAACUGGGGAGAGUCCACUGUGAAGUCAGGAGCACCAUGGACUACCAAACAGCUGAGAGCAAAGAGCAGUGAUGACUUGCACAAACUCUGGUAUGUGUUGCUGAAAGAAAGAAACAUGCUGCUUACGCUUGAGCAGGAAUCAAAAAGGCAAAGGCUUCCGAUGCCAAGUCCUGAAAGGCUCAAGAAGAUUGAACGGUCUAUGACCAGACUGGACAUGGUGGUGAUUGAAAGGGAGACCGCACUCCGUCUGCUGCAGACUGGGCAAGAGAAGGGCCGACCUGGAGCUUGGAGGAAGAGCAUAUUUGGAUAUGUCUACUGGUAUCGAUUCAGAGAGUAUGCGAUUCCCUGGUACAUGAAUAAGCACUACAAGCGCAAGAGGUUUUUCACACCAUCAUACGUCCAACCAUAUAUAAGGUUGCGUAUGGAAAAGCACCUUCGGACAAAAAUCAAGAAAGAGAGAGCACAGAAGCAAACACUGGCUAAAUUACAGGAGAGGUUUCCUCACAUGAAGGUUCCUGCUUCAUGAUUCUGUUGAGUUUGUACAGCUCUGCAUUCUUAAUUAGCUCAUGCAAUUUGUUGAAAAUAGUGGAUUUGUUUAGGUGGUAUUUGGUCCUAAAACAAAUUGUUAUGCAAACCUAAAAUGUGUCUUGUUUUCAUUUUAAUUUGUAACAUAUUCUGUGUUUAAUAUUUAAGACACUGACCCAAAA